AGAUGACAGGUGGACAAAAGUAAUGCUUUCCGCGACAGUAAAAAAGACCCAACGCGGCCAGGCCGCAACGACGACGUGGAUAGCAGAGAUCAACAAAAAUUUGAUCAAGAAAAGGGCAACAGUUCGCGACUGCCUGGAUAGAAUCCUCUGGAGAGACAUAACGCGCGGAGUGCGCUACGGCGCCGCAGGAUCAGUAGUCCCUGCCUCUUCUGCAUCUUCGUCAUCGUCUUCAUCUUUAUCAUCUUCCACUACUACCACGACUUCUAGAUCAGCAGCAGCUAUGUAGUACCUCCCAAACCACAAAUGACAGCAACAGCUUCAACUACAGAAAUAGUUCUACUUUGUCAUCAUCGUCGUCCUCUUCUUCUUCUUCUUCUACAUCAGCAGCGCAAUCUUUUCAAUCGAUCUCAGCAGCAGACAGAGUACCAAUCCAGGCGAUAAUGAGAAUGCAGGGCCGUAAAAGGAUAUUCUGAGGCGAAAGCGCCGAAUAGAAUAAAUUCAUCAUGUUCCUCUGAGGUGAACCUGAACGAAACCCGCGUGGUCGCGCAUCAUGUUCUUCCUGUCGAGGCCGUUUGCGCCGCUCAGGAGGAUUGUACUGCUGGGAACAAGUUCUCGCAGCUUCUUUUGCAGCCUACUACUAGUCGUUGUAGAAGUUGUUCCGGGCCUCCAACAACACGUCGACGACAGCUCUACCUCAAAUGCCACAGCGACAGCCGCGACCGCCGGAGCAUUUGGAGAACAACUUCUUCUUCACGAUCACGAUAUCAAUUGCGGCGCUCCUCUCACCCUGACCAAGUCGAAGACUGCCCGCAUGCAGUCUCUGUCGGGACACGCGGAAUCUCUGUUGCUGGUAAAACUCAAAAGAAGUAGCGCGGAGAUGAACAACAAAAAUGAAUCGGGGCUCGACGUCUCGUCCACCGCGCCGGCGCAGGUCGCUCACCUUCACAACAACCACAAGCAGCGACCACUUUCGACGAGGCCGAUUCGAGUUCUCCAGAUUGGUUGCAACCUGGGUGUGGAAGUGCUAUUGGCGAUGCGGGCUCUUAGUGACGAUAGCACGUUGCCUGAAAUCCUGAAAAAAUACGUCGAAUUCGGCAAGAAGCACCAUCAAGAAAAAGGUCUGGAUGAAACAGCUACCAGUGGUUCACCUGAAGACGAAGAAGUUGUAAAACUUGGCUCUCCGUAUGUGAUAACUUCGGUGGACGAGCUGGAAGCCGGGGCAGAGUUUCUGGACCGGUAUUCAAAUUCAUCUCCGAGACACGUUGGGGAAGGUGAAGACAAAGAUGAAAUAAAUCGCGCUAGUACUGCUGGUAUGCAGCAGGAGCAGCCGCAGCCCGAAGGAAUUUGCGUGGAGCCCUUGCCUUCCAAUACUCGGUUCGUAACAGCGUUUCUGGAAGAAGUGAACAACAGGAAACAAGCAACUGGUGCUGCGUCUUCCACCUCGUCGCCCUCCUCCUCCUCGUCUUCACACGGUGCAACUACUAGCAGAACUCCCUCUGCUCGCUGGAGCGAGACCACGAGGAAAAAAAACCUGAACUUCUCCGUUUUCCGUGCGGCGGUUUCCAACGAAGCUGGGUCCGGCAUCUGGCGCCAGUAUGCAAUACAAAUUUCCCGUACAUGUACGAAGAUGCAUCACAAAUUUCACCAAUUUAGAGCGUAAAACUUGUCAUGCUAAAUUAGGAUCGAAGGCAAAAUUUGUCAUGCGGAGACCGCAUCUGUACGUGUACGGGAAAUUUACUGUGGAUAGCCAGUGGCCCAACAGCACGCGGUACGCCGGGCAGCAGGAUCUGCAUAUCGGGUCCUGUCUCGACUUUCGUUCCCGCUCGCCGAAAGCGCUAUGAAUUGCAAAUAUGUCCGAGUCUGGAAGAUUGCUAGAUUUGUCAUGCUCGUCUAACAUGACGCGGAACUCUGUCAUGCGUGGGUGCAAUGCAAAAAAAUCGAUGUGUCUGAGAUGAAAAAGCGCACUCUGCCAUGCGGAAUACGCUACACAUAGCAGCUCAAAAACUUGUCAUGCUUGGCCACGUAUGACAGUGUGCCCACUAUUCCCUGGUUUGCAGCACAAGUUUCCAGACCCAGACAUUUUUGCAUUUGAUAAGCACUCCAGCGGUACGAAAGUUGUGCGCGCGCUUCUCACAAUCGCGUGCCGACGCACUCCGCCGUGGAGAUGCUCCAAAGGCUGAAGCGGAUGCGGAAAUUAGAAGAGAGGACAGAUGAGGUGGAAAACAGUCUAGUUGUAGCCGGACGAGAUGAGGGCGAUCAUGUUGAUGGAAAAAAACCAAAAAACACAGCGGCGGUUGUGUCGGACGGAUUUGCGGUGGAUCUCCUCCGCAUUGACACCGAGGGGUAUGACCCUAUGAAUUGCAAAUAAAGUAUCUGUAUGGUACUCGUAUUGCAAUCAUGCAUUACAAAUUUUUUUCUUAAGGUAAAUCCGUAUUUCUUAUGCUGGGGAAAUUUGUAUAUGCAUUUAUACGAGUACGAUACUUUUGCUAUGCAUAGACCCUGCUGUGCUGCAAUCCCUCCGGGAGGACAAGACCCGGCUGCUAACAAAGCUGGUCCGCUUCCUGGUGUUUGAGAAGCAUACGCGAGGCGUCUGGGAAUACACGACCUUGGAAAGAGAAACGAAACUCUUGUGGGAGGAGGCGGGAUUUUAUGGAGUUCUCAAAUGUUACAUUCUCAACUGUUACAUGAAUUUAUAAUGCAAGACAGGCAAAAGUGAAAGGAGGAAGAUUGCGCCUUCUGCAUUACAAGUUUGGCGCAGAUUUAGGCGCGGCUUAGCCCUUCGCAGAUUUGUCAUGCGGAGCAGCUCGAUCGUGAGGAUGAUGAUGGUGUUUUUGCAUGACAAAUUCAUGUAACAGUUGAGAGUGUAACGUUUGAGAACCCCAUAGAUUUCGCUGCUUCAUUGUGGACGUGGUUGAUAGUGCAGGAGCAGCUGUUGUAUCUACUUCUUUGUCGGAGGAUGAUGAAAAUAAUGAUGUUCCUCCUGCUCAUUCGACGUCCCCAGCAGAACCAGAACUGAGGGUCUACGCGUUGUCUCCGAGCCCCUGCUGGCAUGCGUGUUAUGAGGGUACUAAUAAGAUGAAAAACCGAGAGGACCACAGUAGUUGUCCGGAAAAUGUCCCGGUAGUGCCGGCGGUGGAAGAUAUUUUUUGCGUCAACCGGCGGGACCACGCUUGGUCGGCGGUGAUGGAGGACCUGUUGCUUCGUGGAAUGGAACAUCAAGCCGGGGAUGUAGGUGAAGGGAAGGGAAGAAAAGUAUAAACUUCCAACAGCGUUGUUUUCUCUGGGGAUAGAACAAUCGUAUAUUAUGGUUGGCGACCACACAGCGGUGCGCUUGAUAUUGAUUACACCGCGCUCAGUGCUGUUAGUUCUUCAGAGAAGCUACAUCUGGGAGCGAUCCCGAUCCUCGCGUCGAUGGCGACCAUAAGGAUUAUACGACCGCUCUUGCAGUGGUUCGUCUCCCCUUUGUUGGAAAAAAGCAGAAAGACGGAAGUCGUGGUCGCAGAUAGUGCUGUGGUUGGCGUAUUGAAU